AUGGCUCCAAAUGGAAAAAUGCGAGAGAUUGUCUCAAUCCACAUCGGUCAAGCUGGUGUUCAAAUCGGAAAUGCUUGCUGGGAACUCUAUUGUCUCGAACACGGAAUCACUCCAGGUGGACUGAUGCCAGAUGAUACGAGUUUCGGAGUCGAGGAUCAAUCAUAUAAUACGUUCUUUUCGGAGACUCCAGCCGGAAAACACGUUCCUCGUGCCAUAUUCGUGGAUCUUGAGCCGACUGUGGUCGAUGAGGUUCGCACUGGCACCUAUGCGAAACUCUUCCAUCCGGAACAGCUGAUCAGUGGAAAAGAAGAUGCUGCAAACAACUACGCUCGUGGUCAUUAUACCAUAGGAAAAGAGCUGAUCGAUGUGGUGAUGGAUCGUGUCCGUCGUCUCACUGAACGAUGUCAAUCUCUUCAAGGCUUCUUAAUCUUCCAUUCUUUUGGAGGUGGAACUGGAAGUGGAUUCACUUCUCUUGUCAUGGAGAGACUCUCGAUUGACUAUGGAAAGAAAGCUAAACUCGAGUUCAGCAUCUAUCCAGCUCCUCAAAUCAGCACUUCGAUGGUAGAACCAUACAAUUCUCUCCUGACCACUCAUACAACUCUCGAACAUUCCGACUGUUCGUUCAUCAUGGACAAUGAGGCAAUUUACGAAAUCACAAAAGUGAAUCUCGGCGUUCGAAGCCCCACUUACACUCAUUUGAAUCGUCUUCUUGCUCAAGUCGUUUCCUCAAUCACAGCUUCUUUGAGAUUCGAUGGAGCACUCAAUGUUGAUUUGACUGAAUUUCAGACAAAUUUGGUACCGUAUCCGCGAAUCCAUUUUCCUCUUGUCACUUAUGCUCCGAUCAUUUCAGCAGAGAAAGCAUAUCACGAACAGCUAUCAGUGUCUGAAAUAACCAAUUCUUGCUUCGAACCUGGAAGUCAAAUGGUGAAAUGUGAUCCAAGAAACGGAAAAUACAUGGCAUGUUGUCUUCUUUAUCGUGGAGACGUUGUUCCCAAAGACAUCAAUUCUGCAAUUUCGACAAUCAAAACAAAACGAGCGAUUCAGUUUGUUGACUGGUGUCCAACUGGAUUCAAAGUUGGAAUCAACUAUCAGCCACCUACAGUAGUCCCCGGAGGAGAUUUGGCAAAACUGCAAAGAGCUGUCUGCAUGCUUUCGAACACUACUGCGAUUCAGGAAGCAUGGGCUCGUCUCGAUCAUAAAUUCGAUUUGAUGUAUGCGAAAAGAGCAUUCGUUCAUUGGUAUGUAGGAGAAGGAAUGGAAGAAGGAGAGUUCUCGGAGGCUCGUGAAGACAUGGCAGCACUCGAAAAGGAUUAUGAAGAAGUCGGUGUCGAUUCUUUCGACCCGAACGAUGAUGAAUACUAA